CUCUUAAUAGAUUCAUUACACUAACGAGAAUAGUAUUCACUUCAAAAGUUAAAUUGUAUUUUUAAAAAUAAGUUUCUGAAAUAAGUGAUAUUUUUUCUGAAUUUCUAUAAAAAUCUUUAACUAAAUUGUAUGCAUUUUUGUAUAAUUAAACUCGAAAAUUAUAUUUUAAUCAUAUAAAUUUCUAAAAAAAAAAUGAAAUUUAAUUAUUUUAUAAGACAAUCUACUUCAUUGCUUUCAAUUUGCAAAUAAAUGAAAGUAUAUAAGGGAAACUUUUAAAAAAAGUGAUCAAAUAAUUUUAAAAUGGAGGAAGAUCAUUUUUUGCUCAAACCACAGGGUUUCACUGUUGAAACAAAAAGAGUUAACGAUAUUAAUUCAGAUUCAACGCAUAAAUCUGAACUUGAAAUACAAAAUGUAGCAAAUAAUGAUGAAUUUUCAAAAGAAGGAAAUUAUUCAAUGCAAUUUAUCGCCGGCAUUACAGCAUCCUUAUCAGUAGCAGUUCUAUCAGCAAAUAUUGUUUGGAAUUCACCAGGAAUUCCUCAUCUAAAGAGUAAUGAAUCUGAUUUUUCUGUGACAGAUACACAAGGUGGUUGGAUUAUUUCCAUAUAUCAUUUUGCCGAUAUUAUUGGCUCUCUUCUCAAUAUUCUUCUAAUCGAUCGAAUUGGUAGAAAAUUUAGUUUACUCCUGAGUGGAAUACCGGCUUUAAUGGCUUGGAUUUUGAUAAUUAAUGCAAAAAAUAUUUUUUACAUAUUAAUUGCACGAUUUAUCGCAGGAAUUGGUCAGGGUUUCACCUAUAAUACUGUAGUAAUAUAUUUGGCUGAAAUUGCCGAAAAAGAUAUUAGAGGAACACUUGUGGCAAUUAUGCGAACAAUUCAGGGUCUCUUUCAUUUUCUAUUGACUGGCGUUGGAACAUUUUUCUCCUAUCAUACCUUAAAUUUAACAUCAAUAUUUGUGCCAAUUUUGUUUCUUAUCACAUUUUCAUUUAUGCCCGAGAGUCCAUAUUUCUUUUUAUUACAAGGAAGAGAUGAUGAUGCUAUGAAAAGUUUAAUGAAACUCAGAGGACACACAAAUUCUUUGUCAUUAAAAGUCGUUGUUAGAGAAAUGAAACUUGAUAUUGAGGAAAAAGAGAGAUAUAAAAGUAAUUCAGUGAGGGAAUUAUUUUUAAGAAAUUACAAUUUAAAGUGUUUAUUCAUUGUCAUGUGUAUGAAACUAACACAAGUUAUGGCUGGUCAUAGUGCAAUUUUUAAUUACACUCAGGAAAUUUUUCAUCAUAGUGGCUCAUCAAUACCACCGAAAAUUUCAGUUUUAAUUUUAUCAGGAAUUGUUCUUCUCUCAACUUUGGCUGCUGGUUUAAUAAUGGAUCGAAUUAGUAAAAGAAUUACAUUUUUAAUUUCAGGAAUAUUAUCAGCUAUUUUUUUGGCAACAGUGGGAAUUUUUUUCUUUUUAAAAUUUUCAACAAAAAUAGACGUUACUCCAAUUACAUGGCUACCAUUAACAUCACUUAUUUUAUAUGAAAUUGUCUAUUAUUUGGGAAUUGCAAUAAUACCAUAUAUUUUACAAGGUGAAUUAUUUGCAAUGAAUGUAAAAGGAGCGGCUGUGGCUUUUGGUAUGAUUAUUGGAUCAUGUUUUUCAUUUAUUUCCAAUACUGGCUAUAAUUAUAUAAGUAUUCAUGCUGGUGUUUAUAUUGCAUUUUGGUUUUAUGCAAUUGUUGCAAUUAUUGGAUCGAUACUUACUUUUCGAAUAACGCCAGAUUCCAAUAGAAAGACAUUGGAAGAAAUUCAUGCAAUGGAGAAUCCUGAGAUGAAGAGAAAACUGGAAUUAGAACGUAUUAAUCGACUAAAAAAAUAGCAAUAAUU